GGUUUUUAGCCUGUUUGACAGUUUAGUCAUAGCCUGUCAAAAUGGCUUCUGACGAAGGGUCGCACUAUAUUGAACUUUGUAAUUCUCCUAUAAAAUUCGAACCAAUUAGUAAACAAAACAAUGUAUUCUAUGAUGAUGCUAAUCAGCAAGUGUUCACAGUGCGAUCAGGUGGAUCAAUGGGCGUUGUUGUCAAGGGACCAAAUGACAGAGGCAGCAUUACAUUCAGAAUGGAGGACAGGGGGAAUGUCAAUUCAAUGAAAUUUUCACCUGACAGAAGGAUACUGGCAAUUCAGAGAUCCCCAAAAUCAGUUGAAUUCAUCAAUUUUCAUGAGGACCAGACUACAGAUACCAGUGAAUACUCACAGACUUGUAAGGGUCGAUCGACUGAAAUCAAGGGCUUUGUGUGGACAAACGUGAAUGAAAUAGUCUUCAUAACAGGGAACGGUGCAGAAUUCUAUCAGAUAAAUCCUGACAAAAGAUCACUUAAGAACCUGAAGUCCCUGAACCUCAGUGUGGUUUGGUAUGUUUGGAUGAGUCGCCCAGAUGGAGGUAUGCUGCUGUUGUCCUCUGGCCAGCUGGCAAAUGCCUUACAACCCGUGUAUUUUAUUCAAGGGUCCAUGCUUAAGUUGCCCAAGUUUGAGGUGGAUCUCCCAGCAUUACCCAAGCAACCAAAGCAGUCGUUACUGGAGAGAGAUGUUACCAUGGCAUACAUCUAUGGCCAGCUAUACAUCAUUGUAUUGCGACAUCAGCCCAGACCUGGGGCAGUAGGAGCUGAAGUUGUACUGUACAUGGUGCCACAACAGAAAUGUUCAUUUGUGUGGGAGAGCCCUGCUAAGAAGACCAAUGUGUUGAAGCUGGAGAUGAGCGGGAGAUUUGCCAUCAAUGUGGUGGACAGUCUAGUGGUGGUGCAUCAUCAGGCUUCCAAGACAUCUGUGAUAUUUGACAUUCAACUGGACGGCGACUCAGAUGGGUUCGUGACCAAUCACUUCCCUGUGGUGUCUCCCCUGCCUAUCAAACCCUUCAAAAUGUACCUGCCUACACUGAACAUACAGCAAGGUCAAGACAAGAUGGAAUACAACUGUGAAUUAUAUUCAGCCAAUUGGAUUGUGUUCCAGCCCAACAUUGUAAUAGAUGCAAAGCUUGGUUGCCUGUGGAGUGUGGAACUGAAGUUAGAGCCCCUAGUCACUAUGAUUCCAGACAAGUGCCGCCUGGUCAAGUUCCUGCUGCAGAGACAGAAGAGCAAGGUGGUGAUCUUGGACGUGUUCCGCCAGAUGCUGAUGCCGGGGAUGCAGGUCGGUCUGCCGGUGAUUUCCCGUAUACUGGACAUGCUCAAUGACGGCUAUAUGCAGUACCUUGACCAGGAGAUACAGGCCUUGGUAACCGUGGCGAUUGAGCCAUCCUCCCAACAGGACCCGAGAGACAGGGUGAUCAUAGACCAAUCUGACAUGUACACCAAUGUGUUUGCAGUGUUUGAGGAUAACUCGAAAAUCCCAUACAAGUUCAAGGUGGCAGUUCUGAUUGAGUACAUCCGUUCUCUGAGUCAACGCGACAUUCCCGUACAGCACUAUGUGUAUGAGCUGCUCAUCAACACCCUGGUGCAUAACAACUGCUUCUACCAGCUGCAUCAGUUCCUACAGUACCAUGUCCUCAGUGACUCCAAGCCCCUGGCCUGCUUGAUGCUCUCCCUGGAGACUGAAUACCCUCCUGCCCACCAGCUGGCCUUGGACAUGCUAACGAGAUUAGCAACUGCUAAUGAAGAAAUAAUUGAAGUGCUGCUGUCCAAAAACCAGUUACUGCCAGCUGUAAGGUUUAUACGUAAGGCUGGUAUUACGGACACAGUAUCAUCCAGGAAGUUUCUGGAGGCCGCCAUGAACACCCUGGACAAGCAGCUCUUUUUCACCGUCUUCAAGUUCUUCCAGCAGAGAAACAUUCGUCUCCGUGGCAGCCCAGUCUUUCACCCAGGUGAGCACUGUGAGAUUUAUGUAAAACACUUUGAGGAGCUCUUUGGAACGGAUGCCAUCCCACAGUCGGUGGCUGUUUCUUAAGAAGAGUCCACUGCCGCUGCUCAAAUCAAUGUACAUUCUGCUGUGACAGUUAUUACAUUUCUGUUUUGAGUUUGAUGUAAUGAGGUUGUGUGACUCGUUCUCUGUAGAUUGGAGUAACAAUGUGGGUUUUGUGCAAUAAUGAUCAUGACUGUCAGGUAAUGCAAAUCUGGCUGGGGCUUUGCUCACAGAUGCAACGCACAUGUGAGUGAAUGGGGCUUGUUUUCCAUCUCUUUCUCAACAAUGCUCAUAAGCUUUCAGAUGGUCAGUUCUUGACAAUUUGUUGGAAUGAAGUAAUUUCUUAAAUGUAUGUUGUCAUUAAUAAAUUUUAGUAUUUAGAUUUAAUGUCAAAUUCUGUAUGAAUGGAUUUAAAAUGUCAAAUUCUAUAUGAAUGGAUUAAAUUAAUGUGUUAUUUCGCAAAGUGGGAAGCACAAAUCAGUGCAAUCGUCUGCACGUCCGUAGGAUUAUCUGGAAAUGUUGUAUUCUCAAUUUUUCUGUAUCUGCUGGGUUGAAGAUCCGAUUUCACUCGAUUUUUUACAGCUGAGUGACAUAAAUAUUUAUAUGAUCGUCCAGGGACUUUGUUUGUAUAGGUCCCUGGAUCGUCAUAUGUAACCGUUAAUUUAUUAUGCUAUUAUUUUGUUAUUUUGCUCUGGCGACCUGCCACAUGCUAUUCGUAUAAUCUUAGAAAAAACGAUAAGAAUGUAACGUUUUUCGAUAUGUCAAAAAGACUUUCCUGCUCAUGCACAGUAUUGGAUAGAAGGUAUAAUUAUGCAAUUUAAGAGGUUUGCGUAUUAAGUCUGCAUAAAAAGGUAUAUUUUAUCGGAUAAAAAUUAAGAAACGUACUAGUGGUUUAAAAGUCCAGUAUGCAAAUGGUUUUUUAUUGUUGCAUGUUGUUAAUUAUGAGACUUAUUUGUAUUACCGUUAAUUGUAAGGCAGUAUUUAUUUGAAAUCUGAAACAUUAAAUUAAUGUAUAUUACAUGAAAUAUAUUAUAAAUCGGA